CUUUAAAUAUGGAACAAGACUCAAGACGAGCGCUGCGAAGCGCGACGCGACGCGAGCAGGUUUACGCGCAACGUGGAGCGUUUACCGACGGUACUGAGAGAGUUCGUGAGCCUGUUGCGUUAUGACUGCUGGAGUCACUGAAUGUACUGUAGUUAGUAGAAGCAGCAGCGAAUUAUCUCUGGCACCAGACAAACAGAAGUGAGUCUCUGUAUGUUUUCCUGCUUUUACGCAUCCAGACACGCUGAACUUGAAGCGAAUUCGCACUUGCGCGUAUUUUGAAAGUCUUUCUCAAGCCCGGACGCACUUUAAUUCAGACUAAGGAGAAGUACGAGCGGGUCCGGGAGAAGAGGACGCGCACGGCACGGUCAACAUGAGCGACAAAAACAAAAUGGAGGAUGAGGCCGUAGUGGACAGGGGAGCGUCCUACAUCAAAAACGUGUGUGAUGAAGAGGUCGAGGGUCAUCACACAGUCUACAUUGGUGUUCACGUGCCUAAGAGUUACCGUCGCCGCCGACGACACAGACGACGAUCCAAUCACAAAGAGAGGAGAGAACGUUUGACGGAAAACGUCAGCGACAAAUCAGACACAGAGGCUGCAGACGAUCCGUCCUCCAGCAUCCUUAAACCACUCAUUUCUCCAGCUGCAGAGAGGAUUCGCUUUAUUUUGGGGGAAGAUGACAGCGGCCCUCCUCCGCCGCAGCUCUUUACUGAACUCGACGAACUUCUGGCUGUUGACGGUCAAGAGAUGGAGUGGAAGGAAACAGCCAGAUGGAUAAAGUUUGAGGAGAAGGUGGAGAAGGGUGGAGAACGGUGGAGUAAACCUCAUGUAGCCACUCUGUCUCUUCACUCGCUCUUCCAGCUUAAAAACUGCAUCGAGAAAGGAACCAUCAAGCUGGACAUGGAGGCGAAUUCACUUCAGCAGAUCGUUGAAAUGAUCACUGACAGUCAGAUUGAGAGCGGGCAGCUGAAGGCCGAUCUGAAGGAGAUGGUCAUGUACACUCUGCUGCGGAAACAUCGCCACCAGACCAAAAAGUCCAACCUGCGUUCGCUGGCAGACAUCGGCAAAAGCGUGUCGAGCGCGAGUCGUCUGUUCAGCAGCCAGGAGAACGCGCGCAGUCCUCUCGAUCACUCUGUGCCUUGCUUUACCACCUUUGAACCUGACGAGCAAAUUCAGAUGCAGAGAAGCAACAGCAUGGGACUUCUCUGUAGUCCAACCACUGCCCAUCGUAACCUGACCUCCAACAGCCUAAACGAUCUCUCAGACAAACCUGAGAAAGACCAGUUGAAUAAUAAGUUCAUGAAGAAAAUUCCCCGGGAUGCAGAAGCAUCAAACGUGCUAGUCGGCGAGGUGGACUUUCUGGACACUCCCUUUGUGGCGUUUGUGCGUCUUCAGCAGGCCGUCAUGUUAGGAGGACUCACCGAGGUUCCUGUUCCCACACGGUUCCUUUUUAUUCUGCUGGGGCCCAAAGGAAAGGCCAAAUCAUAUCGUGAGAUCGGACGUGCCAUCGCCACGCUCAUGUCUGACGAGGUGUUUCAUGACAUUGCUUAUAAAGCAAAAGACCGCGGUGACCUGCUGGCAGGCAUUGACGAGUUCCUGGAUGAAGUCAUCGUGCUUCCUCCAGGAGAAUGGGACCCUGACAUCAGGAUCGAACCUCCUAAAUCCGUCCCGUCUGCGGAUAAACGUAAAAACAAUAUUGCUGGAGGGGAAGGUCUUCAGAUGAACGGUGGUACGCCUCAUGAUGGGAGUUCAGGAGGCGGCGGUGGCCACGCAGCUGGCGAAGAACUUAAAUUUACCGGCAAGUUUUGCGGCGGUCUUAUUCUGGACGUCAAGAGAAAGCUACCGUUUUACGCGAGCGACUUUUACGACGCUCUCCACAUUCAGUCUCUGUCUGCCAUCUUGUUCAUUUACCUGGGAACUGUAACAAACGCCAUCACCUUCGGAGGGCUGCUGGGAGACGCCACUGAGAACAUGCAGGGUGUGUUAGAGAGUUUUCUCGGGACGGCGUUGACCGGUGCCGUGUUCUGUAUGUUUGCGGGUCAACCUCUCACUAUCCUGAGCAGCACCGGGCCCGUGCUUGUCUUUGAACGACUGCUCUUUAACUUCAGCAAGGAUAAUAAUUUCGACUAUCUGGAGUUCCGGCUGUGGAUCGGCCUGUGGUCUGCUUUCUUGUGUCUGGUCCUGGUUGCCACAGACGCCAGUUUCCUGGUGCAGUACUUCACCCGCUUCACGGAAGAGGGGUUUUCUGCUCUCAUCAGCUUCAUCUUCAUCUAUGACUCCUUUAAGAAAAUGCUCAAACUGGCUCACCAUCAUCCAAUCAACUCAGACUUUAACAUGGACCUGGUCACGCAGUAUGGAUGCCACUGCGCUCCUCCAGACGGCAAUAUUUCAGCUGUGUACAUGGAGAAAAUGGAGGCCCUGAUGAACAGCACUGGACAGCAUCUAAAUGCGACCUGGGCGUCUUUGACUCGUUCUGAGUGUUUGGAGUGGGGCGGUCAGCUGGAGGGUCCGGCGUGUAGCUACGUCCCUGAUAUCACACUGAUGUCCUUCAUUCUGUUCUUCGGCACAUACACCUGCUCCAUGGGUCUGAAGAAGUUCAAAACCAGCCGAUUUUUCCCAACUAGGGUCCGCAAACUGAUCAGUGAUUUCGCCAUUAUUUUGGCCAUUUUGAUCUUCUGCGGUGUGGACGCACUGGUCGGUGUGGAUACACCCAAACUAAUAGUGCCAAGUGAAUUCAAGCCGACGAGUCCACAUCGUGGUUGGUUUGUUCCUCCGUUUGGAGGAAACCCGUGGUGGGUUUACCUGGCCUCAUUCUUACCCGCUCUCCUGGUCACCAUCCUCAUCUUCAUGGACCAACAGAUCACGGCAGUCAUCGUCAACCGCAAGGAGCACAAGCUCAAGAAGGGAGCUGGGUAUCACCUGGACCUGUUCUGGGUCUCCAUUCUCCUGAUUUUGUGUUCGUUCAUGGGUCUGCCGUGGUAUGUGGCAGCAACCGUCAUCUCCAUCGCCCACAUAGACUCCAUCAAGAUGGAAACUGAGACAUCAGCACCCGGAGAACAGCCCAAAUUCCUUGGAGUCAGGGAGCAGAGAGUCACAGGAACAAUGGUGUUUAUUUUGACAGGACUGUCGGUCCUCAUGGCCCCUGUUCUGAAGUUCAUCCCUAUGCCCGUCUUGUACGGCGUGUUCCUCUACAUGGGCGUUGCAUCUCUCAAUGGUGUCCAGUUCAUGGAUCGUCUGCAGCUCUUGCUGAUGCCUGCAAAACACCAGCCAGAUCUGAUCUACCUGAGACACGUACCGCUCAGACGAGUUCAUUUAUUCACCUUCAUACAGGUGCUGUGUUUGGCUCUUCUGUGGGUGCUGAAGUCAACAGUAGCAGCCAUCAUAUUCCCUGUGAUGAUUCUUGCAUUAGUCGCAGUAAGAAAGGCCAUGGAUUAUGUGUUCUCGCAGCACGAUCUCGGUUACCUGGAUGACGUCAUGCCCGAGAAAGACAAGAAGAAGAAAGAGGACGAGAAGAAGAAGAAGAAAAAGAAAGGCAGCAUUGACAGUGACAUGAACGACUCGGAUUUUCCAGCCAUUGAGACCGUUCCCAGCAUAAAGAUCUCCAUGGAGACUAUGGAGCAGGAGCCCGUGCUGGGGGAGAAGCCCUCAGACCGAAAGCCCAUGUCCUUCCUCACUCCCUACUGAUGGAAAGCACUUUUUCCUAUCCAAGACUGUGUCAAGUCAGGAUUUAAACCCCUUUAAGAAGAUGGUGCCUCAGAUCAGAAUCGAUUUGGACCCUGACAACAACAAAUUCUUCUGGAAAACUCCAGCCUCUGAAACAUCCCUUUAAACACUCCUGAAAACACUUCAUACACACUUUUAGAUUCAGAUGGUAGUUUGGUCAUUCAGCUAAACAAAAAACUUUGCUAGAAUGUUUCUGUUUAAAGUCCAUGAAAAGGACAAAUGGCAUUACACUACAACCAAUAGCUGCACAAACAAACUCUUUACCAAAGAGUCUUUUUUUAAAACUUUAUUGAAUUUUUUAGCUCCUUCUGAGCUACCGUUUUGGUAGCAUUACUGUUGGAAAGCUGGAAAAAAAAGUAUUUUUGCUAUCGAUUUGUUUUUAGGUUCUGGGUCCAGACUGAGUUUUUCCAAUCAUUCUUAAACUUUUAUAACCAUAAUAUUUUAGUAAACAAAAAAUAUAACAGAAUGAUGUCAUAAUCAGUCUUAAUAACAUAGAGUCCAGGUUGUAUAAAACAAAUUUACAGUUUGAGUUUUCUUUCGGCCAAAUAACUGCACUUGAUUUGAAUGAGCACAUUAGAUCAAAUCUCCUAAAAAUAUCAAUGAACAAAUUCUGUUUGUCUAUGAAAGCCACAGGAGGAAAAAAAGGUAAUUGCGAAGUGUAUUUCACAAUUCUUUGUCUUUUAUUCUGAUAUUUAAACUCAGAAUCCGACUUUAUUUUAUAUCUCACAAAAAAAAUUUAGAAUUGUGAGAUUUAAACUCAGAAUUCAGAGUAAAAAAAAAUCUGAAUUGUGAGAUUUAAACUUAUUUGACUUAUAAAAUUUGUGAGAAAAUUUAUUUAGAAUUUAUUUAGAAAAUUUAUAUAGAAAAAAAUAGAGAAUUGUGAGAUUUAAACCUGGAAUAGCAAGACAAAAAUUAAGAAUUGUUAGAUUUAAACUCAUAGAAAAAAAGAAUUUUGAGAUUUAUACUCAAUUCAGAGGAAAGAAAAUCAGAAUAGUGAAAUUUAAACUUAGAAUUGUGAGAAAAAAUAAAGAAUUGUAAGAUUUAAACUGAGAAUUCAGAGAAAAAAAAACUGAAUUGGGAGAUUUAAACUGAGAAUUUUGAGAGAAAGAAACAGAAUAGUGCGAUUUAAACUAAGAAUUCCGAGGGGGAAAAAUAUCUGAUUUGUGAAAUUUAAACUGAGAAUUCCGAGAGAAAAAAAAAGAAUUGUAAGAUUUAAAUUUAGAAUUCCGAGGGGGAAAAAACUGAAUUGUGAGAUUUAAAUUUGGAAUUGCAAAAAAAAUAAAGAAAGAAUUGUGAGAUUUUAACUUAGAAUUCAGAGGGGGAAAAAAUUACUUGUGAGAUUUAAACUUGGAAUUGCAAGAAAAAAUAAAGAAUUGUGAAAUUUAAAGUCAGAAUUAACAGAAACAGAAUUGUUAGAUUUGGAAAAAAAUCUGAAUUGUGAGAUUUAAACUCAGAAUUGAGAGAAAAAAGUCAGAAUUGUGAGAUAAAAGGCCACAAUUACCUUUUUUAUUUUAUUCCAUGGUGUAAAUGGGCUUCCAUAGUUUUCUUUGAUACUUUUAGUAUUUUUUUUUUUUUUUUUUUUUUUUUUUUGAAACUCGAACCUUUAGUCUUUUAAAAGUGUAUUUAAGCAUAUUUUAUUACUAAACCACAAUGGUAGCCGUAACUAUUUAUCCCAAUAUGGGAAACUGCAGUUUUAAAGACAAAAAUCGUUCCUGUUCUUAACACUUAAAAAAAAAAGUGGGAAACACUCUAUGAAAAUUAUUUUCUAGUUCUACCUCUUAAUAAUGGACUGUAGGUGCAGGCACUCUGUGUUUGAGUGAAGCAUUUCUCUAUGCAGUAUGUAACGGAUGUCAACGGCUAUAUUGAAGUCACGUGACUGGAAGAGCGGGAACAGCGCUGGAUGCCUCUCGACUACGAAAUUCCCUCUGCCCUAUUGUGAACUCCGGAUCAGUUUUGCUCGUAAAUGACAAUCCAUAACAGGGCAGAUACUUUCAAUGUGAUUGCGUUCGAUGUAUUUACUAUGAAGCAGUUGAUUUAUGGUGAUUUUAUUAUCUGGAUAUUUUUAUUGUACUUUUUUUUUAAAGAAGUAACGUUAAUGAUGUAGAUAGCGACGUCUUUUAUACUGAGAUGAAACGUUGAGAGGUGUGAAGACUUAAUGAUUUAAUGUGGAACAGCUGCACCAAGUGACAGCAGUAUGCAAAUUUCCUUGUUUUUGUGUGUGUGGGAACUUAAAUGCUGCCAUUACGACAGAUCAUUUUCUCUUACAUUCAGUACAAGGGUAUUUCAGUCAUCAAAUCUGGUGUAGAGUAUAUUUUAAACAUUAUAUAUGUAACUCCACAGUCGUUAAAACUUGAAUAUAGAGACACAAGACAGUGUUUGUACAUAGAUCUGUUCAUCAUCUUCAUCUCUGAUCAAUAAUGUCUUCCAUUUCUUUUGAUUGUAUCAAAUUGCCUGUGCAUUUUCAAGGACUGAAGUGUUUUAGCCAGAUGCAUAUUUAGAGCAAGAUGAUGUUUUUUAAAACCUGUUGAGAUGUAUUUAUUGUCCUCUUCUCUUCUGGAAGCUGUCUUACUCUCUCUGUCUGAUUAUAAGUGAAGCUACAGGCAAUAAUGAGAUUAACAGUUGAUCGCUGUUCUGUAAAAGGGAAUCACCCUGUAGCACUGUGAGGCGAUGGGCAAAUUAAAGCAAUUAUUAAA